CUAUAAUUACGACAUACCACUAGGGUUUUAUUUCGUUUCAUAUAUAUACUUCAUCUUCUCUUCUUCUUUGCACUUUGCCUCCUUCCUUCAAACCCUAGAACGGUAAGUGUAGUGAAAAAAAGGAGCGAAAAUGGUGGAGAAAACUAAAGGAAGAAAAGAGGAGGUUGUUUCCAGGGAGUACACCAUUAAUCUCCACAAGCGUUUGCAUGGAUGCACAUUCAAGAAGAAGGCCCCGACAGCCAUCAAGGAGAUCCGAAAGUUUGCACAGAAAGCCAUGGGAACGAAGGAUGUCAGAGUGGACGUGAAGCUCAACAAGCAGAUCUGGAGCAGAGGCAUCCGAAGUGUUCCAAGACGUAUCAGAGUUCGUAUUGCUCGCAAGAGGAAUGACGAUGAGGACGCAAAGGAAGAGCUCUACUCUCUUGUCACUGUUGCAGAGAUCCCAGCUGAGGGUUUGAAGGGUCUUGGUACCAAGAUCAUCGAAGAUGAGGAAUAAACUUGUCUUUUUUAGUGAAGAAUGAUGAUACCGUUAGUGUUUUUUGUUAUCCCAUUUAGUGCUUUGCGACUGCUAAAUUUUGUUUAUGAUACUCAAGUAUUUUCCUGUUUCAGAGUUCUCACCAUGAUUUUAUGCUAUUUAUCUUCUGUUUCUCUGGA